AUGUCACCAAAAAAACGUCAUGCACUUGCGUCCUCCGCGACAGAGAAACAGUCUCCUGUCACUUCCAGUGAGCGGAUACUACAGCAGGUGUAUGCUGAUAUCCUUCAAAUUCAGCUCACGUCGAUUGGCAUGGAAGAUACCUUUCUGCGAUUUAGUGGUGACUCUGUCCAGGCCAUCCAUCUGAUUGGGCCUGCAAGAAAGGCAGGGCUCGUUGUCCAAAUGCAAGAGGUCCUCGGUGAGUUCAGUAUUGCCGACCAAGCAGAAAAGGCCGUGGCGAUUGCAUCUUCACCUUCGGUUGUCUAUGAGCCGUUGAGUCUGUCCCAGAUUGAAGACAUAUAUCCGUGCACGCCACUGCAGGAGAGCAUGUUCGUCUCCUCACUGCGGCACCCUGGCAUGUACACGGUGAAUAUUUGGUCCCAAAUUCCUCGUAGUAUGGAUACCUCCAGGUUGAAACAUGCGUGGAAGAGCAUGGCUGCCAACAAUCCCAUUGUGCGCACGCGGAUAAUUCACACCUCACAUGGAUUCUUUCAAGUCGUUGUCGACAAAUUCCCGUGGCAAGAGCACAAUGCCUCCAUUAUGGAACCUCCUCGCCUCAAGGAGCUAGUCGGUCAACCGUUGGUUCAAUACUUUAAUGAUGAGAAGGGACGUAAGCUGGUAUUGACGAGCCACCACGCUGUGUCAGAUUACUGGACUCUACGCCUCAUCCAGCAACAGGUGGAAGCCGCGUACCAGGGCCAGUUGCUAGGAACGCUGUAUUUUCACCCCUUCAUUCAAUAUACCUGGGGUAUCCAGGGAGUGGAGGAGUUUUGGGCGACCCAGCUGUGUGGACUGGAUGCCAAGGUCUUCCCAGAGCUUCCAGCCAGCAAUUACCGACCGGCGGCGACACAGUCUCUUCAACAUGAGAUCGAGGGGCUUUGUGUCAAUAAGCAAACACCUCAUACCUUACCUACUCAUAUCUACCUUGCGUGGGCAUUGCUUAUUUCUCACUAUACUGAUUCCCCCGAUGUGGUGUACGGCACGACCCUGAGUGGACGCAAUACCUCGGUCCUAAUCAUUGAGAAUAUGGUCGGACAGACAAUCACGACCCUUCCACUGCGCGUUAAACUAUAG